UCAGACUCUGUGUUGAAACAGUUUCACUUCUCAUUUUCUGGAGCUGCAGUUUGAAUGUUAACUUCAUAAAGUCAUCGAGCAGCGACGCCGGACGUCAAAAACCUUCAAAUGGCCCCCCGGUGGAUAGCAUGGAGUACUGCAUUGUGGCUACUCUUCCUGAACAUGAGUCCAGUCCACUCACAAACAUCCUGUGACGCCUACAGGGGUGCCCCAGGAAUUCCUGGGAUACCGGGCACCCAUGGGCCUGACGGCAGAGAUGGCCCAAAGGGAGAGAAGGGCGACCGUGGUGAGGCAGGGCAGCCUGUCAGAGGCCCAAAGGGGGAGCCGGGUUUGAGAGGCCCCCCUGGGCGACCUGGGAUGAAGGGGGAUAGGGGUGGUCUUGGACCCAAUGGAGUUCCGGGUCAACCAGGCGAGAAGGGACGAGCUUUCAUCCUUUCCAAUCAGCAGAACUCUUUCUUCUCCUACAAGCGGAUGAUGUCACAGAUACAGGAGCCUGACACGCCGAUCGUCUUUGACAGGAACAUGCUGGCGGAUGUACAGACUGGAGAGCUGCUGGAAAAUGGGACGUUCACGAGUCUCAUCAAAGGAGUCUAUUUCUUCAGCUUCCACAUGUCGGUGAAGAGCAAGGUUUGCCUGAAGCUGAUGAAGGGCAACGAGGUCGCCGUGGACCUGUGCGACAACUCCGAGGGCUUCCUGGUCAGCUCUGGUUCUGUGGUUCUGGAGCUGGAUGUGGGGGAUAAAGUGUCACUGCAGGCGCCAAGAUACCAGAACAACAUUGUGAGCAGCCAUGGCAGCACGAGCCACACCUUCACCGGCUUCCUCAUCUUCCCCCUGGCAGCCUAGGCCAUGAGGCGUCGCACUGCAUGAUGGGAGCAUGUCAGCGUUAACGCUAAAGGUUUUUUUUAUUAUUAUUUCAUUAAAACUUAUAUUAAACUCA